GUUUGGUCCGAGCUGCCAGUGGAAGAGAGACAGAAGGCCUUAAAGCUUAUAAAUACAUUAGACGAUGAAAGCAGGAUCGCCAGACCGCACUUUCUUUUUAUAGACAGUACUGUAGUCUUUCUCAAGAUGAUCAUAGAGAAUGUGGAAGCACUGAAGUCGUGGCUGGCAAAGCUCCUGGAGCCGAUAUGUGAUGCUGACCCCUCUGCAUUAGCCAACUACGUGGUGGCUCUUGUGAAGAAGGACAAAACGGAGAAAGAACUGAAAGCACUUUGUGCUGAUCAGCUUGAUGUCUUUCUACAAAAGGAGACGGUAGGAUUUGUCGACAAACUUUUUGAAUGUUUAACAAGCAAGAACUACCUGGGAAAUCCAGCUGCCAAGGAGGCUCCUAAAGAGGAGGUGACGGCACCGGCAGUCAAGACGGAUGCUGAUGAGGCUGAAACUCCAGAGGAGGAUAGAGAAAACAGGCGGAGGAGAAGUCCCCUGAGAAGCCGCUCUGAAUUCAACGAAUCCAGAAACCGCGACGACAGGAGACGCGACGAGCGCAAGCGCCGCGACUUUGAGCGGCAAGGGAAAAGCUGCAGCGACUCGCACCGCGAGCGUGAGCGGCACGAGCGGCGCAGGGGCAGCCCCCGCGGGAGGAGCUACAGCCGGAGCCGCAGCCGCAGCAGGAGCGGCAGCCGCGGCAAGAGCAGGGACCGCGAGCACAGAGGAGGCCGAGACUUCAAGUCAAAGUUUGAGGUGGAAAGAAAAGAUACGGACAGCUACAACUCUUCUGCCCCACCGAGUUCCCACCCGUCACCUCUUCUUCCUCUUCCCACACCACCACAUCCCUUCUCCUCUGCUUCUUCGUCAGCUGGAGGCGCAGGAGCUGGAGGGGUUCCCGUGGCAACGCCAGCUCACCUGCCCGACAGCACCACGGACAGCUGGUCCGGCUACUACGGCGGUCCGAGGCAGGACGGCGUCGGCAAGCCGUUCGGCAACAAGAGCGUGUCGCUCAAGCAGCGCUGCAGGGAUUACGACGAAAAGGGAUUUUGUGUCCGAGGGGACCUCUGUCUCUUUGACCAUGGCAACGACCCCCUCAUCGUCGACGAUGUCAAUCUCCCCGGCAUAAUCCCGUUCCCCCCGCCGCCGGUGAUGCCCCCCACGGGCAUGCCCAUGCCCCCCAUCACCGAGCCCCCCCCGCCCCUCAGGAUGCCAGCCAUGCCCCCCUACGGCCAGCCGCCGCCGCCAGGAGUCUUCCCCAUGACAAGACCCCCACUCAUAGCAACCGGUGGGAUCGAUCCCCCCAACCACCAAUCUGCAAUCACUUCUCCUCCUCUUAUCGGACCGCCGGCCAUGGGGCUGCCACCUACUCUUCCUCCUCCUCCUCCUCCUCAGCCACCCUCCUCGUCUUCAUCUGUGUCUCUUCGCCCCCAAUAUGUCCAGUCUGAAUAUAACUAUGAUCCAGAAGGCUACAACCCAGAAUCCCCGGGCCUGACUGCAGCCGGUCAUAAUUCCUACCGUCAGUUCAUUCCCAGGGUGCAGAGCCAGCGCUCCAACCUCAUCGGCCUGACUUCCAGCGAAGGACAAGGCUCCAGAGCUGCCAACAUAGUGAUCCAGACGGAGCCUGCGACGGCAGCCUGCACCCCUGGGAGUAACAUGUCCCGGUUUAACACGGAGCAGGACAGCAGGAAGAGGUCCAUGAUGGGGCCCACUACAGCCGAGGGCUCCGCUGCUAAAAAACCCUGGAUGGAGAAGAUGGGCUUUAAUAAUCAGCACAAGAGCCCAUUUCCCAAAAGGAAUCACUAUGUGAACACAAAGUUGGAGGUGCGGAAGAUCCCUCGAGACCUCAACAACAUCACCAAGCUCAACGAGCACUUCAGCAAGUUUGGAACAAUCGUCAAUAUUCAGGUGGUGUUUGGUGGAGACCCGGAGGCGGCGCUGAUCCAGUACACCAAGAACGAAGAGGCCAGACGGGCCAUCUCCAGCACCGAGGCCGUCCUCAACAACCGCUUCAUCAGGGUGUACUGGCACCGCGAGCCUAACCCUAACCCCAACGCAGCCGGGCUCCAGGAGCAGAGCUCGGCGGGCCAGGGCCCCGGCUCGGCCCCCGGCCAAGGACUCCAGCACGGCAACAUGCAUAAGCAGGGGAUCAAGCAGCACAACCCUGCCGCCUACGUGUUGAACAACACCAUACCCAAACAUCACCUGAAUACGGCGGCCGGCGCCCCAAACGCCACGAAGACGGACAGCCUGAACCCAAACCCUGACACCGCCGCCGUGGCGCCCGCGCUGACAAACACCCAGAAGGCCCCCUACACUUCCACAGCCCCAAAGUCAUCCUCAAAGAGCCUUGGGAAAACAGGAAAAGCACUGGAAGCGCAGGAAGCUCUCAAGAAGAAACAGGAGGCGUUAAAACUCCAGCAAGACAUGAGAAAGAAGAAGCAGGAGAUGUUAAAGGCACAGAUUGAGUGUCAGAAGGUACUGAUAAACCGCGUGGAGAAGAAUCGAGGUAUGAAGCCCGAGGAGAGAGCCAACAUCAUGAAAACGCUAAAGGAGCUGACGGAGAAGAUUACCCAGCUGCAGAAUGAAAUGAACCCCCAGGUCUCGCACAGCAAGAGCAACCACAGCCAGCCCAAGACCAAGACCGACGCCCAGAAGGCGUUGCUUGACGCCGAGCUGGACUUUCACAAGAAGAUGAGCUCUGGGGAAGACACCACAGACCUCAAGAGAAAACUCGGGCAGCUGCAGGUGGAGGCGACGCGGCUGGGUCUGAUCAAGCCUCCGGCGGGGCGAGGCCGCGGCCGGGGGAAGGCGGCGCUGGACCCGACCGCCAUGCACAUGGGCCGCGGCCGGAGCCGGAGCCGGGAGCUGGCGGGGCGCGGCGGGGUCGUGAACCGCAUGGUGAUUGACCACCGGCCCAGAGCGCUCGCCAUUCUGGGAUUCACACAGGAGGAGAAGGAGGAACUAAUGCCGCACUUUGUGAAAUUCGGAGAAGUUGAAGAUCUCCGAGACCAAGACGCCAACAGCGUCAUCAUGACCUUUAGGACACGAAGCGAAGCUGAGAAUGCAGCAAAUCAGGGAGCCAAGUUCAAAGGGCGGGUUCUGCAGAUUUCCUGGUACAAGCCCAAGACCCCGUCCGUUACAACGGAGCCGGAGGAGGACGAGGCGAAAGACGAGGACAUUACGCAGAAGGAAGCAAGGUCUUAUUUGCCAGGAGAGGCGGAGGAGGAGGAAGAGGAGGAGGACGAUGACGAAGAUGACGAGAACGAGAGCCGAUCCUGGAGGCGAUAAAGAGCCAACCAUCGUCCCUACCGGCUCCAGCUGAUUUCUUUUUUUUGAUUUUGAUUUUUUUUGUCCUGGCAUACAAAGGAACUCACUUUUUUCCUUUUAUGUAAAUUCAGACGUCAAUCAGAGGAAUAAAAAAAAACGUCUUUACUUUAUCGUACAUCCAAAAAACACAAACUUAAGAGGGUCGAUCAUUUUUGUAUCUCUCGACAAAAACAGCUGUUUAUAGCAUCUCACUUUUGCUGAGAAAAAUAAAUGUUCAUUUGUUCUUAUAGAUAGAAAAAUCUACGUAAGUUUUAGUGUGCUUACCGGAUGAUUGAUAUCAGUAAUGCACAACAUUUGUGUCUACUGUGAAUAGGUAUUUUUAUACAUACUGUAUUUAAGCUCUUUUCUCACCAGUUUUUUGUAAGAUCUCGUCCUGGGUUCAGGGACGGCCAUUCCAUCACAACUACAACGUUCUCUGCUGCUUUCAGAGAGAUUUAUUUAUUUUUCCACAGUUUCAACACUGCAACUGCACCUGUGUUGGCCGAGUGUGGCAUGCUUUUUCAUUUCACUUUAUUCACACUUCUUCUCUAGUUUGCCCUAAAUUUUUUCUCUAUUUGGCAGCGGCUCUGGAUGGCCGGAGCGUUGUCUAGCCGUGUCCGUACAGGAGCCAGCACAGGUGCAUUCAGACGCCGGUGCAGUGGACGAACCCAAACGAUGUUUACCAAUCCCCAUGUCCUUCAGUUAAAACCUCGUAGCAGACACUCAUAUUUUUCCCUGCACGCAUUUCGUCGCUCUCUCGGUGUCCAGUGCCACUCUGUGAAUACGCACUCACGACGGUGUCCUCCGCUUUCUAAGAGUGUGUAACAUUUUCCGCUUCUCUAUUCUGUCACAUGAAGGGCCGAGGUUCAGACUCCCCACUUCAAAACCAUGUGACAUCCAUAGACCGGUGUUUUUGAAUGUAAAACUGAACAGUUGAUCUUAAAAAAUAUAUAUAUAUACAUAUAUAUGUAUAUAUAAAAUAAAAUUUCUUUGCCUUACACAUUCAGCAGAUUGCUGAGUUUUUACAGGAUUUGUGAUUUGUAAAUUUUGUAAAUGCUUGGAAUAGAAAUUGCGGUUAUACUUUAAUUUUGUUUUUUCCCCUCUGCGUGUCAUUUUACAUGAAUAACAUGUUUGCAUCAGAUACAGGAAGUCAAGCAUGAGCGCGUAACCAAUUCUUUGCAAGAAUUUAGAUUUUUUUUUUUGUCAAAUAGUUCACUUUGAAUUUAUCUUGUCUUGAGUAGCACAUUUCUUUCAAAGAAGCAUAAAGUGCUGCUUUGGCAAACAUUUGUUCAAAGACGCUGAGACUUGCACCUCACCAUAUUCUUUGGCGGCUCUGCCUCAGUCUGAAUAUUGUCAGUGUUCAAAACCCCCUCACUGUGCGAGCUGAAUGACUUUAUCAUCUUUUUUUGUGUGUUUUUCCUUCUUUAUAGAAACUGUGUUUUAGAGCCGUCGGGGUGGAAAGAGCUGAUCAUUAAAAUCGACCCGUUUUCAGUAGAUAAUUGUAUGUUUACCUUAUCAGAUUUCAAUUCACCUGAUCAGAGCCAGUGGGUCAAUAACUGCGAUGGUUUCUUUUACUCAUGAGCGCACAUUAGCACCAAAUCCUUCUCGGCCAGUGAAACUGAAGUGUGACUAGAUGCUGACUAGCUUUCCUGUUGGACUUUUACUUCAUUUCUUUAUCCUUUUUAUUUGUUUUAAUGAGGUCGCUGACAGUCUUGAUGAACUAAACUUGAGUGGCCUUUUUCUCGAGUGUGUAACUGAGGAUUCAGAGCAUCCCCCUCCCUUUUUUUGUACUAUCCUCUGUAUGCUACUAUCACAAAAUAGAUUCAGAAAUGUAAAAUGUUUAUGGAAUAAUAGUUUUGGAUUUGUUACUGUUUAUAUUUGCAGGAUGUGGAUGUAUUUUCUUUAUGUAUUUUGUUUGUAAAAAUGGAUUUCUAAUUUACUAGCAUGUUUGCUUUUGCCAAUAAAGAGAGGAAUGGGGUGCUUGUAAGAUAAAAAAAGAGAGAGAAAGAGAGGGGGGAAGAAAUUAAAUUGGAUCUUGGAGAAAGAGGAAAAAAAAAAGUUAAAGUUGAAGAAAAAUUGAUUUAAAAAAAGAUGAGAAUAUUGGCAACUUAAAAAAAAAAUGAAAAAAAAUUCAAGCAAAAGCAUUCCAGAAAAUAUUGCCUAUAAAA